AAACACCCCGAUAUCAUUGAGACAACAUGUCCAGGGGAGGCAGCAGUGCAUAGUUGAUGUUACAAGGUAGCACACAAUGUUGAAACCCGCUCGAAAGUCCUUACUGUCGCUAGCUUCACACUGCUCAACAAUAUUGCCUGCUAUAACAAUCAUCAUGGAGGCCUGGUAUUUAGACGAAUCUGACGAAGAUCAAAGGCUGCCGCACAAGUGCAACCCAAACAAACCAGUGUCUUUGGAGGAAUUAAAACAAUUAGGAGUUCUCCAUUGGAAGCUGAAUGCAGACAUUUACGAGACCGACCCAGAGCUGCAGAAGAUCCGUGAGGAAAGGCGCUACUCUUACAUGGACAUCAUAACUGUUCACAAGGACACGCUCCCUAAUUAUGAAGAAAAGCUGAAGAUGUUUUUUGAAGAACACCUCCACCUAGAUGACGAGGUCCGGUACAUUUUGGAUGGAAGAGCAUACUUUGACGUCAGAGACAAGGACAAUAAGUGGAUCAGGAUUUCCAUGAACAAGGGAGACCUGAUAACACUUCCAGCAGGGAUCUAUCACAGAUUCACGAUGGAUGAAACCAACUACACAAAAGCCAUGAGGCUUUUCGUAGGAGAACCGGUGUGGAAGGCCUACAACCGCCCUGCAGAUCAUUUUGAGGUCCGGCAAAAAUAUGUGAACUCUCUGAAUAGUGUGUAACCUGGAGAAAGGAUGCAUGGAGAGGUGCAGGUACACGCUUGUUGCCUUGGUUACUUGCUUAGGCACAUUAUGCCUAGUGCCCUUUAUACACAGACUCAGGUGAGUCUCUGACCAUGUUGCACUAAAAGACUGUUGGUCAGGGGCGCGUGCACAGAUCAAGCAAAGACUUUUUGUAGAGAUUCUCUUAAGACCUUGAAAAGUAUCUGCAACUACAAAAUCCUGACUAAAAUCAUGUAAUGUGCGCUAGACAUAUGUGAAACUGACAUGAUUUGACUUUCCAAGGAUAUAUAGUACCUGCUAUGUUUUUUAAAUGGCUAUAAAAUAAUAUUUUAUAACACUAUUCUGGUAAGAUUUUUUUAAAUGGCUGUAAAUUUUUAAAAGGCUAUUCUGUUUCAGAUCUCAUUUUCUGGUAAAUGUAUGAUUUUCAGUGAAUAAUAUUUGUAUAUAAUACAAAUCUAAUAUGACUCUCUUUAGCAAACCAUACGUUUCCAUUAUAUGCAAUCAUUAUUAUUAUACUGCAAGAGUAGUAGAUAUUUAAUAAUUAGUCUGUUUUACAAUGACCAUUUCAGCCACAGAAUAAUUGUUACACUAGCAUAAUAUGAAAAGUAAAAAACUUGGGG